AUGUCAUGAAACUGUUAAAAAGAAAAAUUCUUCUUUCCACAACAAAGUACGCGCCUGUUUUUGGAGUAGCGGCCUCUACGUUUUGGAAUUUCGCCGUUAAAUAUGCUACUCUCACAUACGACUCACUGCGCUUUGGAGAGAUUGAAGAUUUCCCAGAGACCUCUGAUCCUGUCUGGAUUUUGGGAAAGCAGUUUAGUGCUCUAACAGAGAAGGAUGAGAUUCUGGCAGAUGUCACCUCACGUUUGUGGUUCACAUACAGAAAAAACUUCCAGCCAAUUGGUGGCACUGGGCCCACUUCAGAUACCGGCUGGGGCUGCAUGCUUCGAUGUGGACAGAUGAUUCUUGGGGAGGCUUUGAUCUGCAGGCACUUAGGCAGAGACUGGAAAUGGAGUCCAGGUCAGCGGCAAAGACCAGAAUAUGUCAGUAUCCUCAAUGCUUUCAUUGACAAGAAGGACAGCUAUUAUUCUAUUCAUCAAAUAGCUCAGAUGGGUGUUGGUGAGGGCAAGUCGAUUGGCCAGUGGUAUGGUCCAAAUACAGUGGCACAGGUACUCAAGAAACUUGCAGUUUUUGACUCCUGGAGCCGAUUGGCAGUUCAUGUAGCUAUGGACAAUACUGUGGUCAUCGAGGAAAUCAAGAGGUUGUGUAUGCCAUGGCUGGACUUCGACAGGGGUGCAUGUGCCGUUUCUGAAGAGCCUCGGGAGAUGAAUGGAGAUUUGGAAGGAGCUUGUGCUUUGGCUGAGGAGGAGACUGCUCUGUGGAAACCCCUUGUUCUGCUGAUUCCUCUAAGACUGGGCCUCAGUGACAUCAAUGAAGCCUAUAUUGAACCGCUCAAGCAAUGCUUCAUGAUGCCUCAGUCUUUAGGAGUAAUUGGUGGGAAGCCAAACAGCGCUCACUACUUCAUUGGCUUUGUAGGUGACGAGCUCAUUUAUUUAGACCCUCACACCACCCAGCCAGCUGUGGACCCCAGUGAAGACGGCCAUUUCACAGACGACUCGUACCACUGUCAGCACCCUCCAUGCCGGAUGCAUAUCUGCGAGCUCGAUCCUUCUAUCGCUGCUGGCUUCUUCUGCCAAACUGAGGAUGAUUUUGAUGACUGGUGUGCACAGAUUCGUAAGGUUUCAAACUGUAGAGGUCUUCCCAUGUUUGAAUUAGUAGACAGUCAGCCAUCUCAUCUAAUCACCGCUGAUGUACUUAAUCUCACUCCAGAUUUCUCAGAUUCAGAUCGACUCGAGCGCUUCUUUGAUUCUGAGGAUGAAGAAUUUGAAAUCCUGUCUUUGUGAAGAACGGUUACAUUUGCCAGACUUUAAGAAUUCUGUGGUAGAUCUCCCCUAAGAGGACAGAGAAGAACACCGUUGACGUUCAAGGCCACUGUGGCAAACACACAGCUUUCUUCUUCAACAGCUCCACUGACUGCUCUGUGAGUGAGCCGAGGUCAGGUGUCGCCUCACAGGCACUCAGGAUCAUCAGUAUGUAUGUACUUAGCCGCAUUUAUGUGUAUCCAUAUUGAGUCUUAACACUAUUGAUUCAUUUUUAAGUGAUAUGGUGCCUUUUUACCCCCUUAACUUAAAACACAGGUCUGCCAUAACACAUUUUAUGGUUUAGGUCCGGAGUUCUGCUAAUCAGAUGAAAUUUAGCAUUUACUCCAGACCAGUGAAAGAUGAUGAUAUAUAUUGGACCUGUAUGAUAUUGUAAAUGACAACCGAGGAAGGUUGAGCGUUUGCACACUGGGUAGGAUGGCUCGUGUAAUAUAUAAGAAUGAUUUUGUCUUCAUGUUUAAAAUCUCUGUACACAAGUUUAUUUUAUGAAUUAUUUAUUUAAUCAUUAAAAAAUAAAAUUAAAUCUUAA